CGGCCAUGCCGAUUCGCUUCGCCCCGCUGCGCAUCCCGCUGCGGCGCCGGCUGCAGACCGCCGCGGUCCUGCAAUGGGUCUUCUCCUUCCUGGCGCUGGCGCAGUGCUGCCUGGCCCUGUUCCUGCUGGCGCUGCUGGGUGAGCUGUGGCUGCCGGCCCUGCUCUACGCUGCCUGGCUCUACCUGGACCGGGAGACCCCUUCCCGCGGGGGCCGCCGCUCCGCCUGGGUGCGCCACUGGGGCGUCUGGAGGCACUUCCGCGACUACUUCCCCAUCACGCUGGUGAAGACAGCGCCCCUGGACCCCUCCCGCAAUUACCUCUUCGGGUUCCACCCACAUGGGGUGCUGGUGGCUGGCGCCUUCGGCAACUUCUGCACGGAAGCCACAGGAUUUGGGGAGCUGUUCCCGGGGCUCACACCCCACCUGCUCAUGCUGCCCUUCUGGUUCCGCCUGCCCCUCUUCCGCGACUACAUCAUGAGCGGGGGCCGCAAGGGCUUCAUCAAGGCAGCCCUGCAGCACGGUGCUGCCCUGGUGCCCGUGUUCUCCUUUGGGGAGAACGAGCUCUUCCACCAGGUGCCGAACCCCCAGGGCUCGCUGGUGCGCACGGUGCAUGAGCAGCUGCAGAAAGUCAUGGGGCUGGCACUGCCCCUCUUCCACGCCCGCGGGGUCUUCCAGUACAGCUUUGGGCUGCUGCCUUUCCGCAGCCCCAUCCACACCGUGGUGGGGGCGCCCAUCCCGGUGCCCCGGACUCCCUGCCCAUCCCGCCAGGACAUCGACCAGCUCCAUGCCACCUACCUGGAGCGGCUCAUUGCGCUCUUCGAGGAGAACAAGACCAAGUAUGGGCUGCCCCCAGAGAAGCACCUGAACCUCAUCUAGGGGCGCUGCCCCCAUGCCUGCUGCAGCACGCAGGGACUCGGAUAUGGGGGCAGCUCUCACUGGGGCCUGGCUUUGGUUCCCACUCAGAUGGGUAGGGGAUCCUCCCCUCCCUGGACCAGGCUCUAUUUCUCCAGCCCCCCUGCUUCUUGCUGCCCCAUCUCAGGGUGUGGGUUGGGUGGGAAGGGUGCUUCGAGGCAGCCUUGAAGGCAGUGAGGCCUUUCCCCCACAGAUCCCUGCCCUGCCUUGCUGCAAUAGGUGGUGUUGUGAAACUACAGCAGUGGGUCCCAGAGUGGUUACUGUUUGCUGUGGGCCAGGCUGUAACUCCAGCCCCCUGGGGCGUGCAAUAAACAAGCUUCCUUUGCAAUCA